AUUGGAUCAUAAUUGAGUGUAAAACAUGUUAGAACACCAAAGGUCCUCCGUCAGGGAAAUACCGUUGCCAUGACAACUCUCAAACUUUAACAUGGCGUCCCUGUUAACAGAUCCUCUGUAUGAAACCUCUGGAGUGGGUCCUUCACCAAAUAAGAACUUUUAUUAUUUUGCUGUCCGGAAGUCUGAUGUGAUCUGGAGAUGGUGGAAGAUUUCUCCAAGAACAGUAGACAGGUACUCAAAACCUGGGAGAAGUGAGUCUCACCAGGACUUCUUGGAUGACCCAUGGUUGAACAGUGAGGUCAGGAUGGUUUUUGGUCAAAAGAUUUGGCAGUAUGCCAAAGCCUUGUGCCAAGGCCACUAUGAUUAUCUGGAGCGCCUGUCUGACUCUUUACUUCUGCAGAUUAUAAAUUAUCUCGAGCUGGAGGAUGUGGGUCAGCUCGGACGAACUUCACGCAGGUUCAGGCAGUUGUGUGGGUCAGAGGGAUUCUGGGAGACUGCAGUGCGUCAGCGGUGUAACACUGUUUCAGCUGAGGUGUCGUCUCUGGCUCUGGAGGUGGGCUGGCGUCACAUCUUCUUCACCAACAAACUACAGCUGCAGAAGCAAAUCAAUCGCUGGAAACUGAAGAAGAAGGAACAAAUGAAGGACCAGGUCUGGGACCCAGAUAGAAAGGAAGAGGAGUGUCCUGAAGGAACCCCAGAGACGAGGGAUGACAGCGACGAGGAAUCUCACCCUGAUGUGAACCCUGAUAUCUACCCCGACCCAAACACUGACCCAGAGUUUGGCGCUGGCUGCAACAUGCCUGAACAUUUAUUGGAGGAUCUAAAAAACUGUGAAGUGACAACAGCAGUUCAGAGUAGAGUCUACCCUGCAGAACUACAAAUACACUGACUUAAACCUUUUGCCAAAUUUAUUGCAUAAACCUUUUGUCUUAAUGAUUCCUCAUGCUAAAAUGGAACAUACUAGUGAUCUGAAUGUGUUUUAUUUUGUUUUCAAAAUUUGAAUUGUUUUAGUUAAAAGUCAUCGUACAGUAUCAUACAAUGACAAUUCCUAUAAAAAUGUUCUUUGUGUU